GGCGUCUGGCAGGGCGGAUCGGGCUCAGUGCGGUGGCCCCGGGACCGGCUCGGCGCCUCUCCUCCCGGCCGGCAGCUGCCGGCAUCGGCCCCUGCUCCCCGCGUCACCCCCGCCAUGUCCGGCCGAGGGAAAUCCGGCGGCAAAGCGCGAGCCAAAGCCAAGUCUCGCUCCUCCCGGGCCGGCCUGCAAUUCCCGGUGGGCCGCGUGCACCGGCUCCUACGGAAGGGCAACUACGCGGAGCGGGUCGGGGCCGGGGCACCCGUCUACCUGGCCGCCGUGCUCGAGUACCUGUCGGCGGAAAUCCUGGAGCUGGCCGGUAACGCCGCUCGGGACAACAAGAAGACGCGGAUCAUCCCCCGGCACCUGCAGCUCGCCAUCCGCAACGACGAGGAGCUCAACAAGCUGCUGGGCGGGGUGACCAUCGCCCAGGGCGGCGUCUUGCCCAACAUCCAGGCCGUGCUGCUGCCCAAGAAAACCCAGAGCUCCAAGAAAUGAGCCCCGAGCCAUCCGCAUUCCCAGGAGAUCAAUCGGUCCGCGAUGCGGUGUAGCCAAUAUUGGCGUUCCCCUCGUAUCCUCUCCGUGUGCCCACUCCGCCCCCACGUUCCCUCUAUUGCUGCCCUCCUGACCCCCAUGUGCUAGCUUUGCAGUCCUGCAGCAGGGGAGGUUGUAGGUCUUAUUACAGAAUGAUUAUGAGCCUGUGAUUCUUUCCCUUCCUUUCCAGCCCCCAGCAAGGGGGAGGUAUGGAAGGAAGGAAGGAAGCAGUCUGAAUUUGAAAUAAUAAAAAUCCCUUACCCGGGUACCAGCACCCUGCCUGGUGCUCUUAGGUUGCUUUCUGGACUGUUUGGCUGCAAAGCUAUCCUUCCAGGGUUGCUGGUCAACAACUCUGUUCUCAGAGCAGCAUCUGUAGGGUCCGUUGCUUGUUUUUCUGGACCUGCUCACAUUCGGUUGGAAGAAGCGUUUGGGAGAAGGAAGAAUUGGUUGGUUCUCUUUUUUUUUUUUUUUUUUUUUUUUUUUUCUCUCCCCCUUUUCCCCCUCCUCCCCCCGCCCCCCGGAGGGUGUAACUAACUGCAAGGGAAAAUAUUUUGCGCAGUGAAAGCUCCAGCCUGGAGCAGGAAAAGACUGGCUCAGUCAAUGCUCUUUUUAUUUAUGUUGUGUUUGUGGAUGUAACUGAAGAUACCAUGCCUUUCCUUUGUAUUGUACCUGGAUAUUAUUUGGGGGGUGGGAGAAUCAUGAAGGGUGAUCUCUCCCUAUUGCUUAACUUUUGCACAAAUGAUCUACUUUACUUUCUCACCCUGCUCCAUGCAGCAGGUAGGGAAGUUCAGGAGGGUGAUAAUUUUACCUGCUGUUGCUGCACAUCCCCAUAAAUGUGAUCACAAAUGGACUUAGUAAGUACAAGGAGGGUGGGGAGGCCAGAAGACUUUCCAAAUGUGAAAAAGAAGUAUCUGUUUCUGGGAGGAACUAGUCAUUCAGUUACCAAGUCUUGUUUUGUCCAGUGGUAUAUAAGCUAAGAUGUCAUCAACUGUAAAAGAGCCCUAACUUGGGUCUCCUGUUACCUUUUGAAUCCCUUCUUGCAAAGUCACCUUACUGUAGCUGUUUGGCUGAGUUCAUGCACUCAGUGGACUAGUAGGAUUUAGUUAUUUAUCAUUAGUGUGGGUCCUGUAUGAUUUGGGGGAAAGGGUGCACUUGAAAAUACUCUAAAAGAGCAUUACAAGGUCAUGAGUUUACCAUUGGUAGGGAAUGGAAGCUGCCAUUGGUUUUUCCUUUUUUUUUUUUUUUGGUCAGAUUAAUAGCCUUAUGUUGCAGAACCUCUUACUUUUAUUGAGAACUUAGCACUUGUACCCUAAUUGCACUUUAUAAUGACAUGCAGUGUUUUUGUUCCUCACUACUUCUGGGUCUUAAAAUGAAGUGCUAAUUAUACAUCUGUUAAUAGUAAUCCUCCUUAAUGGAUUAAUGUUUCUUUUUUAAAAAACCUAUAAUUUACAUAAAGCAAAUAUAUAGUUAAUGUGGUGGUUAUUAAAUGGCUAUUUGGAUAAUGUAUGAGCAUGAAAGUCAGCCUAGCAGUCCCUGUGACACAUAGUAGCUGUGAUCUUAUAGAAAUUGGUAUAAAGAGCAACCUUGUUCCUUAUUGUGAGGGCAGCUUGUUUAUGUGGAAGGUUGAUAGAAUCAUGUGCAUGCAGCAGUGUCCGGGCUGUUGGACAGUAGAACUUCAUAAUCUUCUUAAAGUGCAAUGGACAACUGUGUCUGUGCUGUAAGUAGCAUGUGUUCCACCUAUCAAAUCAGCUCUUAAUUUUGUAGAUGAAGUAACUUGCUCUGAUUCAAUUAUGUUAUUAUCUAGAGUAGAUGAAUUUGGAUGCCUGUAAGUGAUUUUAUGAAGGGGUUUUUCACUCCAUUGUAGAAUGUGGAAAAGGUAUGUUACUAGAGUACUGAUUAGUAAUAAUGGAGAAGUAAACUUGAUAUGGCGCUGGCUAUCUGGGGAAUUCUGUGGUUUCACCCCUCCUCAGUGCAGGCCUGGGGGAAACCGUCUUGUUUCUGGGCAGCUGUAUCUUACUGCUGUUGCACGGGACCCAUUUGGGUUUUUCCUUCUGUAAACUGAGCAUCACGUCAUACUGGGGUGGAUGCGGGAGGCAAUUAGGAAUUUUUCUUUAUAUACAAACCACUGUUUAGAGAAUGGAGAUUCUAAAAUGUCUCUGUAUCUUAGUGUCUUGUGUUCUUUUGUUUCUCUAGGACCAGCAUUCUAUACAACUCAAAGGAGAUUGUUUUGUAUUUCUUAGAAAAUGCAGAACUUGUGAUACUGAAAAAAGAACAAUGCAAACCCAAAAUCUGAUUAAACUGGUUCAGUAUUGAAUGUAUGUCAAA